GAGCGCUUAGUUCGUGGGUUAGUGAGUUGAGUUCAGCGGACUGCCACAUUGUGCAUGCGUGUGUUGGUGUGUGAGGGAGUGUGUAAGAGUGUGUGAGAGUGUGCGAGUGUUCAGUAGUCACCCAACAACACGCUACUUCCCAAGGCUGGUUACAGCGCGCGACUGACAGCUGUUGGACUCUUCUCUAAUUUUCUUUCAUCUGCAGCAACAACAAAAAAAAACAACCGACACCCCCCCCCCAAAAAAAUAUAGAGUCGGCAAAAUGGGCAAAGGUUGCAUCUCCGCCACCAAGUACUUUCUGUUUCUCUUCAACCUCCUGUUCUUCAUCUUCGGAGCCCUGAUUAUGGGCUUUGGACUCUGGAUCCUCCUGGACAAUCAGAGCUUCAUUGCAGUCCUGCAAGAUUCCUCUACAGAACUGAAGGUGGGCUCAUACAUUGUGGUUGGUGUCGGUGGCUUCACCAUGCUGAUGGGAUUCCUGGGCUGUCUGGGAGCAAUCUACGAGAUCCGUUGUCUGCUUGGACUGUACUUCACUCUCCUGCUCCUCAUACUCCUCGCUCAGGUGAUUACUGCUGUCCUCAUCUUUCUCCAGCGUGACCAGCUGAGGCACACGACGUCCGACAUAGUCAACAAACUUGUGGAGAACUACCAGGGACAGAACAAGACCGCAGAGCACGCCUGGGACUACAUCCAGAGGAAUAUGCACUGCUGUGGCUGGAAUAGCCCUAAAGACUGGAACAGCAACCCUGUGAUCACCAACAGCUCUCUGAUGUUGUACCCCUGCUCAUGUCAGAACAACUCCGUCAUGGGAGAGAACACCACGGACGGCAGCUUCUGCAAGGCUCAGUCUCCUGAUUGGCCCGUUUACGACUCGGGUUGCGUGGACCAGGUGGAGAGCUGGCUCGUCACCAACUACGGAGUCAUUCUGGGAAUCUGCCUCGGGGUGGCUGUUAUUGAGCUCCUCGCCAUGAUCCUGUCCAUGGGCCUGUGUAAGAGCGUACACCAAGAAGACUACACCAAAGUGCCGAAGUAUUAAAGAAGAAAGAUACACACACACACACACCCUUUAGAUUUAAAAUAUAUUGACCUUCUCUGCGUAGUUUUUUUUUGUUUGUUUCUUGUUGUUUUUUGUUUUUUUUUAAAGAAACUUGCCCCAAACAAACCCAAACGAAGCUCUAGAAAUUGUGGAAAAAUCCUAAACGUGUGCAGAGCACGGUGACGUGUGUAACGUGUUCUGCUUUGUUUAUUUCACUACGUUAGCCUCCAGUAAGUUAAAACGUGCACCUUCUGUCAUGAGCUUGUGUUCACAACAUCGUCACCUAAAACUUCCUGGACGAAGGAAGGAAAAGCGUUGGAGCCUUUCUCUCAGCGCUCCUCUUCACACGCGCUCCAAGCUAACGACGUCGACUGCAUGACACGUCUUUUCUUUUUUUCCAUUUCUACAUCAGUAGUGGUGUUGUUAUUGUUGUUGUUCAUGUGUAUAUAAUUUUGCGAUGCUUUAAUUAGCAUGUUUCGUGGUUAGGACGGGCUGUCACUCUUUAAAAAUCUUUUCUCCAGUUAUAGUUGUUGUUUUGUUGUUGGAUUUUUUAUGUACAGAUUACGUAUUUUUUACAUUUUGGAUUUUUUUUGGCCUUAUUAUUAUUAUUAUUAUUAUUAUUAUUAUUAUUAUUAUAUAUUUUUUCUGAUUUCCUGAUUUUAUCUGUGAUUUCAUCGCCUUGUUUCUAAUCCUGUUGCUUUCGUGUCGCUCGCUUUCGCUUGUGACUCCUUUUGGUGUUUUAUGAAAGAAGACGUUUUGAAGAUUAAUCUCUUAAAUUGUAACCCGUACACUAGGACUCCUAUGUAUGCACUCUGUUUUGAGGGAAAGAAAAUAUAAGCAAACAACAAAAAAAACCUGAUGAACCUUAAAAUGAAGUCUUAUUAUUAUUAGUAUUAUUGUUUGAGAUUUUUCCUUUUUUUCUAGACUUUUUUUGUAUAUUUGAAGAAAGGAAAUGGAUGGAAAUACAGUCGGAACAUCUCGUGUUUUGUUGAGAAAUUAUCCUAAGAAGUAAAUCCUUCGAAUUUUUUAUGGCAAAGGAAAUAUAAUCAUCUUUUUUUUUUUUUUUAUAAACCUCGAAUACAGUUUUGACCGAGUGUGACUGUUAAACAAGAAUAAAAUAAAAAUCUGUUACAAUAAAGUGAACUCACCCAGA